ACUGCUAAUUAUAUGAAACAAUAAAAUAUCAAUACAGAUCCAAUUACACAACAGAUGAACUGAAGAUGACCAGAUUCUCCUAAAUUCCUCGCCAUCACUUAUCUCAAAUGACAAAAACCUUAGCCAACUGUAGCAGAGGAGACCGUAAAUCUACUUUGAUUUCUCCGCACAGAGGGAGAUAGCUCCUAUGCACCCUUUCAACUCUGUAUUGUCGUCUACAUCAAAAGCAGCUGCUUAGGUGAAGAUUUCAAAGAUCCCUCUAUUCCAUCUUGGGAUUUUCUUGCUGAAAAUUCUUCUGGGAUUUGUUCCUAUCUGACCCAGGAGGAUCUGAUUAGCCUCAAAACCCUCCAUCUCUUGCAAUUAAAUCCAAACCCAUAUAGAAAAUUUGGUCUUUUUUACUCCCUGGGGUUUGCAAGAUCAUUGCCAAUCAAGAGUUGUGUGAAUUGGGAAUUAGGGUUUUUCUUUAAGAGGGCAAGGGAAAUCGAAAUUGUGAAUUGGGAAUUUGGGGUUCUCUUGAAGAUAUGAAUUUUAGGAGCUUGGAAGAGUUCUGGAGCUUCUAUAUGAGUCAACACUCAAAACCAUCAACAAGGCGUUGGCACUUUGUGGGCACUCUUACAAGUAUCAUAGUUUUGCUGUUCUCAUUGCUCUUUAAUUGGAAGUUAAUGAUCUUUGUGCCUUUGUUUGGAUAUGGUUUUGCUUGGUACAGCCAUUUCUUUGUGGAAGGGAAUGUUCCUGCCACCUUUGGGCAUCCGAUUUGGUCUCUUUUGUGUGAUUUCAGGAUGUUUGGAUUGAUGCUAACUGGCCAAAUGGAUAGAGAGAUCAAGCGGCUUGGGAAAAGGCCUGUGUUGCAGGUUUUCUGAUCAUAAUGUAAGCAGUUUCUGCUUCCUUUGUAAUAUGGUUUGCAUCUCUAACAAAGAUGCUCAAUGCUUUCGUCUCCUUUUGUACUCAAAAAACUUAUUUGUGCUACCCGGCUAUAACAUUUUUAUUUUGAUUAGUUAUGAUUCUUUUAGUAAAGUAAAUUGAUAGGUUUCUGGA